AUGACGGUUGAUUGGAUUAAAUUCAAAUUGGCAGGCUUUAUUGCGGUUCAAGGGGACGUUUCGAGGACAGCGGUUGGGAUUCUGCAUAUUGGUUGGCCUUUGCACUUCUUCAGUACAUUCCAAGUGGCUUACACGCGUCAGGCAACCAUGAUUCACGGCGGUCACAGCUGGGACUGGGCGAGAGGACCAAGCACCGCCGCCACAAGCCUACCUGAAUGCCAAGGUGUUCUCCUCAACCCAAGUCGGGAAAAGAGGAAAUGCUCGCCGGUGCACGCCGAAUCGUCCAAGAGAAGAGAUUUGGGCGAGCCAAACCCUCAGACUAUCCCUUCGACCAACACAGAUGGAGGACCCAUCGCAUCUAAACUUGUCGUUGUGGAUCCCCCACUGGUGUCCACUCAUCAUGGUGAGACGGGUGUCUCUCUGCCUCCAGACACCCCUCCCACCGCGGCCCCAUCGGAAGGGCAAAAGUCACCUUCCUAUGUCCGCCCGCCGUCUCCCUCACCCGACCCGACUUCCUUUUACCCAUCAACCCCACACCUUCCCGAGGCUGGUGGUGAAGGAGAGAAUCCUCCUGCGGACCGCCCGAAAGGUCCUUCCAGCAGCUCCUCCCAAGAUCCUUUUGUCUUCCUCCUUUCUCACCCCUAUCUUGAGAAACUGAGGGAGGCCUCUAGCCAGGACCCGCAGGAUAUUGCGCAGGAAGCCGUGUCCAACCUCCUCCGCGCCGGGUGUUUGUUCGCCCAAGUGACCCAUCGAGCACGACCUCUUGCAAGAUUCGUCGAGCUCCGCCAGGAGGUGGAGAAGCUGCGUUCUGACAACUUUCUGGCGAACGAUACUUGCUCUAAACUUUCCAAUCAAUUGGCAGCGGAGGAGGGCAAGGUCAAAAAGAUGCAGCAAAAGCUCAAAGAGGCGAGGAUGGCAGUGUUAACAGCAAACGAGAAAGGGGAAAAGCUUGAGAUCUGGGUCGAGGAGCUCCAAUGGGACCUUGACGCCAAAGAGUUCAUCGCUGCUUCUCAGGUGGAAACCCUUGUCGCCGAAGAUAAGGAGAUCGCCACCUUGCGUGACGAACUGGCGGGUAAGGGUAAGGCCCUCGCCGAGGCCUUGACGGAUCUGGCGUCGAACUUACGGGUGGGUUUGAACUUUGCCCGGAGUACUAUCGCCUGGAGCAGCAAGACGAAGGAGAGCGGGAAGCAGAGGUCGUCGCGGAGUACGAGCCGUUCUCAGCGGCGAUGA